UUUUUGGGAGUCCAUUACCAAACCAAAACCCAGCAAUGUUGCCGCCUCUGCUCCUCCUCCUCCUCCUGCUCCUGCUGCAACUUCCACACUCAUGGAGCUCGCCUCCAUUCAAAACUUCACAAGAUUUCACACAAUGCCUCCUCUCUCAAAACAGCACCGUCGCCACGCAUACCAAUCUCAUCUAUACGCCGGCGAGCCCCAAGUACUCCCUAGUUCUCCAAUCCACAAUCCGAGAUGCCAGAUUCAACACCACCCUUGCUCCUAAACCUUCCGUCAUCGUCACUCCCACUUCCCUCUCCCAAAUCCAAGCCUCUGUUCACUGUUGCCGGGAACACGGGCUGCAGCUCCGGGUUCGAAGCGGCGGCCAUGACUACGAGGGCCUCUCCUACACCUCCCCAUAUCCCAAUUACCCCUUUGUGGUAGUAGACCUCGUCAAUUUCCGCAACAUCAGCGUCGAUGUUCCGGAAAAGACCGCGUGGGUUCAGUCCGGAGCGAUUUUGGGGGAGCUUUAUCACCGAAUAGGGGAAGCGAGUCCCAAUCUCGCCUUCCCCGCGGGUUCCUGCCAUACGGUCGGCGUCGGCGGCCACUUCAGCGGAGGUGGGUUUGGGUUUUUGAUGCGGAAAUUCGGUCUCGCUGCGGACAAUGUGUUGGACGCAGUCCUAAUUGAUUCCAAAGGUAGCGUCCUCGACAGAGCCUCCAUGGGAGAAGACAUGUUCUGGGCCAUCCGCGGCGGCGGAGGAAACAGCUUCGGGAUUGUUCUUGCUUGGAAAGUGAUACUGGUCUCGGUUCCGUCUCCGGUGACCGUGUUCAGGGUCAACAAGACUCUGGAACAGAACGCCCUGGAGAUCGUCCACCGAUGGCAAUCCGUGGCCAACAAGCUCCCCAAGGAGUUAAUGAUCGAGCUUGCGGUGACAACAACCAACUCCUCAACGACAACAACAACCAUUAGAGCGACAUUCAACGCGCUGUUCCAAGGUAGAUCCAACAGCCUGGUCAGCCUGAUGCAGAGCAGGUUUCCAGAUCUCGGCCUGCGGAAAGAGGAUUGUCAGGAAAUGAGUUGGCUCCAGGCGAUGGUGUUUCACGCUGGGUUCCCAAGUAAUAGCUCCGUGGAUGUGCUGCUCGACCGGACCAUUUCGCCAUUGGUCGGGUCGUUCAAGUACAAGUCGAAAUCGGAUUACGUCCAGGAUGCAGUUCCGAAGGCUGCCCUGUUGAAGAUAUGGGGAAAACUCUUCGAGACCGAUGUCGGUGGCGGAAUAAUCCUGAUGGCCCCUUUCGGAGGGAGAAUGGAUGAGAUAUCGGAUUCCAGCAUUCCAUUCCCGCACAGAGCAGGGAACUUGUAUCAAGUUCAGUACCUGUCGUAUUGGAUAAAUGAUGGCGAGGAAGAAGCGCAGAAGCACAUUGGCUGGAUCAGGGAGCUCUACAAUUUCACGGCUCCUUAUGUUUCCAAGAAUCCGAGGUCUGCUUAUGUGAAUUACAGGGACCUCGAUAUUGGGUCGAAUGGUGGCGAUCAACUGCGAACGAGCUACGGGAUGGCGAAGGCGUGGGGUGACAAGUAUUUUGGCAAGAACUUUGAUGAACUAGUGAGGGUGAAGACCAGGGUUGAUCCUCACAAUGUGUUCAGGAACGAACAGAGUAUUCCACCCAAUGUUUAAGUCAACCAAUUGUUGUUAGAGGUGGUUUGUGAUUAACAGACUGUUGAAGUUUUUUGUUUCUUCUUUUCGCUGGUUUUUGGUAUCAAGGAGUUGUUGGAAGAAAAUAAAUAUAUUUCAACUGA